UCCCUCCCAAAAAGCCAAAGCCCCACCCAAAGCGGCGACGCCCCUCUCUCUCUCUCUCUCUCUCUCUUCUCUUCUCUUCUCUCCUCCACGUCGCGGCUCGCGCCUCCAAAUCCCCCCCCGCGAGGCGAGCAGGGCGAGGCGGCGAAAGCGCGACGCGCGAGCGGAUCGAGGCGGCGGCGUCGGUGCCGGCAUCCACCGCGUGCAUAGGUUGCGUCGGCGGCGGCGGAAGCGGGGCGCGAUGACGGACGGCCACCACUUCAACAACAUAUCCCUCGGCGGCCGCGGCGGCAACAACCCUGGCCAGUUUAAACUUUAUUCGGGAGGACUUGCAUGGAAGAGGCAAGGUGGAGGAAAGACCAUUGAGGUUGAAAAGUCUGAUAUCACUUCUGUGACAUGGAUGGCAAUCCCCAGAUCCUAUCAGCUUGGUGUUUCAACAAAGGAGGGCCUCUUCUACAGGUUCUUUGGCUUCCGUGAACAGGAUAUCAGUUCAUUGACUAACUUCAUGGAAAAGAACAUGAGAAUCACACCAGAGGAGAAGCAGCUUUCUGUUGGUGGACAUAAUUGGGGCGGAAUUGAAAUCAAUGGCAAUAUGCUUAGCUUUAAUGUUGGUUCAAAGGAAGCAUUUGAAGUCUCUCUAGCAGACGUAGCACAAACUCAGAUGCAAGGAAAAACAGAUGUUGUUCUGGAGUUUCAUGUGGAUGAUACUACUGGUGGUAAUGAGAAAGAUUCAUUGAUGGAUUUAAGCUUUCAUGUACCAACUUCAAAUACUCAAUUCCCUGGAGAUGAGAAUCGUCCUUCAGCUCAGGUUUUAUGGCAGGCUAUCUUGAAUAAGGCUGAUGUUGGCUCAUCAGAGGAAGCUGUUGUUACAUUUGAUGGAAUUGCUAUUCUUACUCCAAGAGGUCGAUACAGUGUUGAACUUCAUCUGUCAUUCUUACGACUCCAAGGACAAGCUAAUGAUUUCAAAAUUCAAUAUAGCAGUAUUCUUCGCCUCUUUGUUUUACCAAAGUCAAAUAAUCCUCAUACCUUUGUGGUUAUCACUCUUGAUCCACCAAUUCGCAAAGGACAGACAUUAUAUCCUCACAUUGUUAUUCAGUUUGAAACUGAAGCAGUCGUUCAAAGGGAUCUGACAUUAAGUGAUGAGGUUUUGGCUGAAAAGUACAAGGAUAGACUGGAGAACUCUUACCAGGGUCUGAUACAUGAAGUGUUCUCCAAGGUCCUUCGUGGCCUAUCUGGUGCUAAAGUUACGAGGCCAAGCACGUUCCGCAGUUGUCAAGAUGGAUAUGCAGUGAAAUCAUCACUCAAAGCUGAAGAUGGAUUGCUCUAUCCGCUGGAGAAGGGCUUCUUCUUUCUACCAAAGCCCCCAACACUCAUUCUGCAUGAGGAGAUUGAGUAUGUUGAAUUUGAGCGACAUGGUGCUGGGGGUGCUAGUAUCUCAUCUCACUAUUUUGAUCUCCUGGUCAAGCUGAAAAAUGAUCAAGAACAUCUAUUCAGAAAUAUCCAAAGAAAUGAAUACCAUAAUCUCUUCAAUUUCAUCAGUGGCAAGCAUUUGAAAAUCUUGAAUCUUGGAGAAGCUCAAGGUAGAGCUGGUGGCGUUACAGCUGUUCUUCAGAGCACUGAUGAUGAUGCUGUUGAUCCUCAUCUGGAGCGGAUCAGAAAUCAGACUGGCGAUGAUGAGAGUGAUGAAGAGGAUGAAGAUUUUGUGGCGGACAAGGACGACAGUGGAUCUCCUACUGAUGAUUCUGGAGAGGAGGGUUCUGACGCUAGUUUAAGUGGAGGAGAAAAGGAGAAAUCUUCCAAAAAGGAAGCUAGUAGCUCAAAGGCGCCUUUGAAGAAGAGGAAGCCAAAGGGUGGGGAUGCGGCGGAAGGCUCGGAGAAAAGAAAGCCAAAGAAAAAGAAGGAUCCUAAUGCCCCUAAAAGAGCAAUUGCACCAUUCAUGUACUUCUCAAAAGCUGAGCGAGCUAAUCUGAAGAACAGCAAUCCGGAGCUGGCUACCACAGAGAUUGCGAAGAAGCUUGGGGAGAGGUGGCAAAAGAUGACAGCCGAGGAGAAGCAGCCAUACGUCGAGCAGUCUCAAGUUGACAAGAAGCGCUACGCGGAGGAGUCAGCCGCCUACCGCGGGGCGGCUGCCAUGGAUGUGGACUCCGGCCCUGCUUCGGACUGAAGAGAAGAGACCUGAAUUGCAUUCCAGAUUACCCUUAGUCUAGGAGGGCGACAGACAGGAUACGGCUAGUGGCAUCUCUAUUUCCAUGUAAAUAAAACUUAUGAGUUAUCUGGAUGUAAAUAAAACUAUCGUAGGUAUCUUUCGAGUCCCGUUCUAUGAGUGUCUUAUCGCUUUAUCUUAGCUAUAUAUAUAGAUAGCAGCUAUAGUAUAGUAGAGUUCUUCCCGCCAUUUAUGCUGGCCGGAUAACUUACCUUCACCUAUGUAGCAGCAAUAAGCAUGCUUAUCUGCUUAGUUAAAUUAUAAAUGCGUGUUCUAGCUGGAGAAUCA